ACCUGCCUUGGCUGAACGAAGGAAGGUGCACCUUCCAGCCAGCCAUCCACCAUGGACAAGAAAGAUACGUGCUACACUAACGAAUCGCGCGCUGAUCAGGUCAGACCUUCCCAGAGAUCACCAUCGCCAAGCACACACGAGCGAGCUAACUCUCGCCAUCCAGCCAAUCUUGAGCUGCAGUCGAGUGUCUUCCAGCGUCUAGUGUCCAGUGUAUCGUGAGUUAUAGAUCUGGGCCUAAGGGCUGUUGAAUGCCCCGUCCUGCAGUCCUUCCUGGAGCUUCAACGAAGGGGGGCGUGCCAGCCUUAUUUGCCGACAAGGAAGCCAGCUCCGUUUUAACGCUCAGGCUACGGUAGUGCACGAACCGUGUUUGCCGUCGCAUCCACCGCGCACGGAGUCUUUCAACGGACGCUUCACGCACACAGCGCUGCCCGCGCCGAUAAGUCGAAUGCCACGCAGGCACAUACGUUCAUAGCUGCGGAGCCUUUUACCCUCACCUUGAAGCGAGGGCGUAGGUUCCAUGGCAUUUCGAGACGCCACGAGCGACAGCGGCAGCCGCUCAUGUAAAGCGCACGAUUCGCGGAGUUUCAAAAGGACAAGCGGCGCUGGCGCCCUAGCGGUGCUUCUCGUCGUCCUCGCUCUAGGUCAGGCCACUCAAGCCGGGGCCGCGGCGGUGGACUACGGCAGCGCGCUGGCGAAGGCGAUUCUGUUCUUCGAGGGGCAGCGGUCCGGGCAGCUCGCGGGCGCAGCCAUUCCCACCACCAUCUCGUGGCGCGGCGACUCGGGCCUCUCCGACGGCACCGCGCAGAAGGUGGAUCUGCGCGGCGGGUACUACGAGGGCGGAAGCAACGUGAAGGCGGGGCUGCCGGGGGCGUUCGCCGCCACCAUGCUGGCGUGGAGCCUUGUCGACUUCGCCCGCCACGUCGACGCCGCAGGCGGCGCCACGCAGCUCGCCGCCGCCCGUGACGCGCUGCGCUGGGCGGCGGACUACCUGCUCAAGACGCACACCAAGGCGGAGGAGCUCUGGGCGCAGGUGGGCGACCCGGUGACGGACGGGGCGUGCUGGCAGCGGCCGGAGGACAUGAGCACGUCGCGCACGGCGUACCGCAUCAACGCCACCCGCCCCGGAUCCGACCUCGCCGCUGAAACCGCCGCCGCCCUCGCCGCCUCGUACCUGGCGCUUAAAGAUGUCAACGCCACCUACGCCAGCGGCUGCCUCACUCACGCGCAGCAGCUGUUCGUGUUCGCUGACAAGUACCGCGGCGUGUACAGCGCCGUCGUCCCCGGGGCCGCUCUCAAGUUUCCCUCCUCGGGCUACACGGACGAGUUGGCGUGGGCGGCGGUGUGGCUGUACAGGGCGACGGGGUUGAAGCGGUACUUGGAGUAUUUGCAGCGCAACGAGCCGGCCAUAGGGGGGACGCAGCAGAUGCAGACAGAAAUGAGCUGGGACCAGAAGCUGCCCGGCGCACAGGCGCUGCUCGCUAGGGCGCUGUGGGCGGGGCUGCCCACCAGCAUCCAGGCGAGCGCACCGCUGAUGUGGGUGGUGGAGGGGUAUGCGGGCAUGGCGGAGGUGUUUGUGUGCGCGCACAUGCCCGCCAACCCCCUGCGCGCCGUGUACACGACGCCGGGGGGCCUGCUGUAUGUGCGCGGCAGCAACGCGCAGCUCGCCCUGUCUGCCGCUUUCCUGCUCGUCCUGCUUGCCGACUCCCUCGCUGCCGCCUCGCGCACCGUUGACUGCCAAGGCGUCACCGUCACGCCCUCCCAGAUACUGGCCUUGGGCCAGUCCCAGGUUGACUACCUGCUGGGCAGCAAUCCGCUCGCUCUCUCCUUCAUGGUCGGCUUUGGCUCCGCCUUCCCUCAGAAUGUCCAUCACCGGGCGGCAUCCAUUGUCUCAUUCAACACGGACCCCUCUCCAGUGACAUGCCAGGGCGGCAACACCACCUACUUGCAGAGCGCCUCUGCCAAUCCCAAUGUGCAUGUCGGCGCCAUCGUUGGAGGGCCCAACGCUACGGACGGCUUCCAGGACUCGCGGCUGCUGCCGGCCUUCACGGAACCCUCUGCCUGCGCCAAUGCUCCCGCUGUCGGCCUCCUCGCCCGCCUCGCUGCUGGCGCCCUUCCCCCCGCCGCCCCACCUCCCCCCUCCCCCCCCGUUCCCCGCUCCCCACCUCCCCCCAAAGGCCGCUGGCCCUCUCCCCCCAAGUUCACCACACCCAAGGCACCCCCCAGCCCUGUUUCUGCCCCACUGAGUCUGGUGAACGUGUCGUGCAAGGUGGAUGGGAGCUGGCAGCAGUACGGCGAGGAGCACAGCAUGUGGGGGUGCGACGUGCUCAACACCAACGCCUCCUUCCCCAUCAAGGACGUCGCCCUCGCCUGCUUCAACUUCGAGCCCUACAACGCCUGGAACAUCGAGGUUGUGUCAUGCUCUCUACCCUCGUGGGCGCAGUACAUUCCCGCUGCUGGCAAGCGCAACUUUGGCUUCAUCCAACCAUCCCGGCUAAAACCGUCGUUCAAAGCCACUUGGGUUACUUGGCUUGGGCCCCCCCUUCCUCCUAAGAAACCAAGAGCAGCAGCUUGCAUCCCCCCAUCCACAUUCUGGGGAAAGCUACAAUGCCAGGUUCUAGGCAGUGGCUGUUGCAUGCAAGUGAGUGCACCGCCAGUGCCAACACUAACAUCAGCUGCGGCCGUUCAAGAUGAGCAUAGAUGAGAUUCGUUCAGGGGACAACAGCUGGCUAUGAAUGAGUUGAGAUGUUGGUGUGAUCAUUUUGUUUUUUGUUUGUCUUUGUAAAUUAUUUGCGCAUUACUUCUACAAGCCACG